AUGACUAUGGGGGACUGGAACUUGCUGGGCAGCAUCCUAGAAGAAGUACACAUUCAUUCCACCAUAGUGGGCAAGAUCUGGCUCACCAUCCUUUUCAUAUUUCGGAUGUUGGUCCUUGGGGUGGCCACUGAAGAUGUUUGGGAUGAUGAGCAAGCAGAGUUUAUUUGCAACACAGAGCAGCCCGGCAGCAGCAACAUCUGUUAUGACAAAGCUUUUCCCAUUUCCCUGAUCCGCUACUGGGUGCUACAGGUCAUCUUUGUCUCAUCCCCUUCCCUUGUUUACAUGGGCCAUGCCCUUUAUAGACUUCGGGCCCUUGAGAAAGAGAGGCAACGGAAGAAAGCCCACCUCAAAGCCCAGCUAGGAGAGACCGAGCCUCUAUUGGAAACACACAGGAGGAUCGAGAGGGAACUGAGGAAAUUGGAGGAGCAAAGAAAAGUAAGCAAGGCACCCUUUCAAGGGUCCUUGCUGUGGACUUAUAUCCUGCAUAUCCUGACCCAAUCCAUCUUAGAAGUGGGGUUUAUGGUGGGUCAGUAUCUCUUAUAUGGCUUUCAAAUGUAUCCGCUUUACAAAUGCACUCGUCCACCAUGUCCUAAUACUGUGGACUGUUUUGUCUCCAGACCAACAGAGAAGACCAUCUUCAUGGUUUUCAUGCAUAGUAUUGCAGCAGUUUCUCUCUUUUUGAACAUUUUAGAGAUUGUCCACUUGGGAAUUAAGAAGAUUAAAAAUACCCUUCCUGGAACUCCCAAGGAGGAGUUGGUCGCUACUGAUAAGGAUGCUAAUCUUUCCAGCUGCAAGAAAAAUUCAGCCAUGCAUCAGGUUUGUAUCAUGUCUAACUCAUCUCCACAAGGCAGUUUCAAAUUUGUGCCAGAGCAGCAAGUUGGGGUGCCAGUUUACUUGUCUCCUGAGGAAGCAUUCACACCUACUGAACAAAUCCAGAACCCAGUAAAUGUGGAGCAACAGUGGUACAGCAACCAGAGAAACAGGCCAAAUCAGCACCAGGGCCACUACCUCCACAGCCAUCAAGAACAUCCUACUCAGUGUGAUCAGCACCACAGACAGCUCCAAAGACACUUUCAAAAUCUCAUGGGUCAGCAAUAUGAUCAACAUCAGAAUGAGUCUUCCAGUAGUGAGGACAUUCAGAAGCCAUCACAGCAGAGCCUGAACAGCUUUCAAAAGAAUGAACAACAGGCACAAGCGAAGUCACCCUUCCCGGAAGUCGAACAUUCCAAGAAUUCUCAACAUGCUACUAAAACUUCCAUUAUCUCCAGUCAUAUGGAUAGCCCUCAAGCUAUUAUUCAAAAACACAGUCGGGGAGUCAGUUGCAAGGACUUAGGACAUGAUUGUCGUGACUCUCCAGACAGCGGGCAUUAUCAGACCCACAAGUUUUUGUCCAGGGUGUUGUCAGAAAGCCAGCUAGACACAGACUCGGAGACUUCAAAGUCACAGAAUGGCUCUGGCUCAGAUGCUAGCCAUAGAGAUGACAAGAGUCUUCCUAUGACAUCACCACCUCCUUCCACAACGGGACGCAGAAUAUCAAUGGCAAGUGUACCCAAGCAACCUUCUUUCUAUACCCUGCUAGUGUGA